AUGGUUGAUUUUGGAUUGUUUCAUUCUGGAAAUAACUCUGUUUCGGAUAUCUCUGUGACUUCACUCCUUAAUUUUCGUUCAUGUUUGGAAGCAGCUGAGCGGUAUUAUUUUUGGCUGCUUGUUCUCCUAAUCCUUCCAGCCGUUAUCAGUUGUUUUUCAUUAGCAAUACUGUUUGCCACCAUUAUUCAUGUUCGUCGUUUGAAAAGUGUUACAGAAGCCGUCACCAGCAGCACCCACUGGUUGGCAAGAACGGCGAGUCGGGUUGGAUUAGGUAUUAGUGCGCAUAACGCAAUAAUGGAAUAUGCGAGAAAGAAAAAUCUGCUCAAAUUAAUUCCAAGCAUUGAACCCAAAAAUGGUGAUUUGAAUGUUCCUAAACUUCGUAAUUCUGGUGCACAGUUAUAG